AUGUCGUCCCAAGCGGCUAAAGCCGCCAGCAACGUGGUCAGCAUCGCCAAGAAGCAAACCCUCCAGUCGACGGGUAUCUGGGAGACCUUUCGCCGAUUUUUGGCCAUCGACCCCGAGCGCUCCAAUGGUGUUCCUCUGAACCCUCACUUCCGCAACCCUCCCCCCGGCGCCAACCCUCCUCUCGAGUACGACGACCCCGUUACGGUGCCCGCUGGUGACAUCGCCGACAACCCAUAUUGGAAGCGCGACAACCGCCGCAACUACCCCCAGCUCAGCGUCGUCAACCAGUCCCAGUUCGCCCAGCUCCUUACCGUCGGCAGCGCCGCGGCUCCCAAGGUUGAGCUCAUUGGUGAGGCGGGCGAGAAGCAGCUUGUGGCUGUCAAGGAGGAGUCUGAGACCGGUCUGGCGAAGACCCUUGAGAAGGCCACCGACGCGACCAAGGAUGUAUUUGUCAACGGACUUCCUCCUCUGCCCAGUGGCCAGACUCUAUCAGGUGGAAAGUGGGAUGUGCACAAGUACGAGAUUGCAGAGACAUCUUAUGGUGAAGGAUACCCUUGCAGGUCGUUCAAAUAA